UAAGAACAGUUUAAUUAAUUUUCCACGAUAUGGAUGAACUGAGGUUGAAAGAUACUCUGAAAUUCUUCACGUUCUUCUGAAUCCAAUAAAUGGGUCUCUAAGGCGCUGUGGAUUUCGCAGAAAAGUAGAAGAAAAACCCAUAAAAUCCUUUUCAGAAACGAGUUUUUUCUUCUUCUGAUUCUUCUUUUCAAUCAGUUUCUUACUCAUUUACUCAGAAAAAUCCACUCAUUCUCUCGCUAUUUGAAGUCCGCCCAUGAAUUUCCCCAAGCGCCUCGUCCUCUUCCCUGAUUCAUAUCGAAAACCAGUUGUCUUUCUUUAGUCAACUGGUUGUUUUUGUUGUUUGUUCAUUCAAUCCGCUAUGGAUUUUGAUGAUAUCGGCUCCAAUCAGGGCCGCUCCAUCGGCGACUACAUAUUGGGGCCGAGAAUCGGGUCGGGUUCGUUCGCCGUCGUGUGGAAGUCGAGGCAUAGGCACUUGGGGACGGUGGUCGCCGUGAAGGAGAUUGACAAAACACAUCUUAAUCCUAAAGUCAGUGAUUCUUUGCUCAAAGAGAUUUCUAUUUUAAGCACUAUAAAUCAUCCCAAUAUCACUCGUCUCUUCGAAGCGAUUCAGACUGAUGAUAGGAUUUUUCUUGUUUUGGAAUAUUGUGAUGGUGGUGACCUUGGGGGUUAUAUUAAUCGCCAUGGAAAAGUAUCUGAAGUAGUUGCUCGAGGCUUGAUGAGGCAAUUGGCCACUGGCUUGAAAGUUCUUCAAGAGAAACACCUCAUUCAUAGAGAUUUAAAGCCUCAGAACUUGCUGUUGACAUCUAAUAAUGGGACUCCGCUUUUGAAGAUUGGAGAUUUUGGAUUUGCGAGGUCCUUAUCAAAUCAGUCAUUGGCAGACACGCUCUGUGGUUCACCUUUGUAUAUGGCUCCGGAAAUUAUUCAGAACCAAAGAUACGAUGCCAAGGCUGAUUUAUGGAGUGUUGGAGCAAUUUUGUUUCAGUUAUUGACAGGGAAACCUCCAUUUAGUGGCAAUAGUCCAUUUCAGCUCUUCCAGAAUAUUUUGGAAUCCACUGAGCCAAGAUUUCCUAAAGUUGCUUUGGAAGAGCUACAUCCCGACGCUUUGAAUCUUUGCAGAGGCCUUUUACGUCAAAAUCCAGUUGAACGGCUUACGUUCAAGGAGUUCUUCGACCACAAAUUCUUCGAGGAGCCAAGAUCAAAUAAAGCUGUCGAGGAAGCAUCUGAAGUUCAGCCAAUUGUAUCAGCCAGCUCCGAAUCAGCAACAGAUAAUUCACAGCUAGAACGACCUAUUGAAUCAUCGAACAGAGAUUCAGAAAUCGCUAGUUCCUCCAUAUGUAAUAGAAUAUCUGGAGCGAAGAACAUUUACAGUUCAGGUAUGGAGAGUGUACAGAAGCCAAUGCUCAAUCUUGGAGUAGAGGAGCUAAGAAAAUCUCUUGAUUCUAUUCAACAAUCCAUGAAUCAGAUUCAAGUUUCUGAUUCAAUGGAGUCGAUUGAGAAAGAUUAUGUAAUCGUGAAUGCUCAUUGUACUUCAUUGGAGGCUUCUUCUUAUCACCUCGAAACUUCAUUACAAGGUUCAUCAAGAGUUUCUCAUACUCUCAGUAUCGAUCGGGAUAUGACAGCCAAAACCCAGAAGGAGCUUAUUGGUAGUACAAGAGAUACCGGAGAAAUGUCAUGUAGUCGAGGUCGAUUCUCAAUGCCAUGUGCAGCAUCUAUGUUAAGAGAAGUACAAGGGCUACCAAUAUUGCAUCCCUCUACCAGGCUCCAGUUAUUUCAACAAUAUGUCCAGGUUCUUUCAGAUUUAUCACAAGAAAAGUACAAUGCAGGAACGUUCUUAGAAUCAUUUUCAGUUGAACUGGUUGCUUUAGCAUUAUGGCAGAAAGCGGUCGAAAUUAGUGAAACCUGGCUGAGUUCUUCAGCUGAAACCGAAUCUUCAAAAAGUAGUUCGAGAACUGAUUCUACCCCUCUUCAGAAAGAUCCCGGCUCUGCUGCAAAUAAAGAAGAAAAUGUCGAUUUUAAUAGGCCGUCCUUGGUUUCUAAGUGGGCAGAGCUAGGGUUCAUUGCUGCCGUGGAUCAGGCCGAGAAGUUAUCGCAAAGUAUCCAAGAGACUGAUGGUGCUACUAAGAUGCCUGAUGCUAUAGAAAUCAUAUUCCAAAAAGCCAUUGCCCUUGGGAAAAGUGGAGCUGUAGAUGAAUACAUGGAAAACAAAGACAAAGCAGUAGCUUCAUACUCCAAAGCCAUUCUUCUGUUUUCAUUCAUUUUGGGAGAAGCUGAAUCCCUUGAGAUUAAACCUCCAUUUUCACUAACUUCGGACAAUAAGCGACGAAUUCAACAUUAUAUUCAUUAUUUACAGACUCGGACUAACUUAUUAACAUCACAACCAUAAUCACAAAGACGCUCCCUCGACAGGUAAAUGAAAGGGAAGA